ACCACGUUGCUGCCAGGCGUAACCAAAUUUGUAUGCGUUUCUGUUUUCUACAUGACGUCGGGCGAGUGUAGCAUUUCGCGAUCAUCUGUACAUGUAGCGAAUCGUCGCCCUCUAGAUUUGUUGCGUGCUCAUUGGGUUGAACUGGAGGAUCGUGUAUGGGCAGAUCACAUCACUGGCGAGUUGUUCAAGAGAGAAAUUAUAUCAAUGAUGGAUAGAGAGAAAAUAGAGAGAAAAGCACGUGACAGUAGAAGGGAGGGAGCGGUUUUGCUGUUAGAGAUAAUGAUGACAAGAAGCUGGUGCGAAUGCGUUGAGUUUGCUGUCAUUGUUAGUGAGACUGAAGGUCUGAAGGAUCUUGGAGAAAAACUGGUGAAAAAUGCAGCAGAGUAGGAGAUGCUGGUCAGCCUGGUGUGAGGGAUGGACAAGACAAAGGAACAAUAGUUCGAGAGAACAGACGACUGAAAAGAGAGAGCGAGAGUUUGAUGACGAAAAUGAAGAGAGCAGACAAGAAAGAGAGAGGAGAGAGACUGUUGAGAGUUGGACUGGAGAUGGAAAGGGUAAGUGAAAUUGAGAGUAGAAAAAGAGGAGAGCGAGUGAGUCGUAUGUGGUUUUGUUUAGAGGUCUGAUGUCAUCCAAUACAAGUGGAAACAGUUUGAAAUGACCGAAAUGAUGGCCGAGUAUCUAUUUUGUCACUCAGAUUAUUUGAAUCGCGUUGCAACAAUGCAACAUAAAGUUAUUUCUGCUGACUUGUUUAGUACUCAGUUAUCAAUCAUCGACAUUUAUUCAUCCCAUGUCAAGUGGUCUAUUGUAGACAAUAGACAUAAUGCAUGUGGUGAUAACAUUGAGAGUCUUUUUAAUGCAGGAAAUGAAUGUCUUGGUACAUUCUACAAUGACAGACGUCAGCAGAGCAUGGGAAUAUACAGAGCAGAGAAGGAGGAAUGGGAACAUGUGACUGACAUUCCAUCACGUGACAAAUUGUGUUUGUAUGGUAUUACAGCGGAUAGAGAUCACGUGUACAUAGUUGGUGGUAUGGAUGACCAUCGUGUCGUACAAGAGACCAUAUUGGUAUAUGACAUCAACACAGGCAUGGAGUGUGACAGGAAGAAGAUGAGCAGCAAGAGGCGUGUUUGUUCUUGUACGGUCAUAGACAAAAUGUUGUAUGUGGGAGGAGGAUCAGAUGGAGUAAAAUUAUUGAAUAGUAUCGAGUGCAUCUCACUCAAUGACCACACCAGUCAGCACAGUGUAACAGCUACACCUACAUACUACUGUUCGCUGACAUCGCUGUGUGACAGGCUAGUGAUGUUAGGUGGGAGAGUUGAUGGUACAUUCGACAGUCCGGUCAGCAACAAGGUUUCAGUGUUGAUUCCGUCUCUCAACUCAUGGCUGCCACUACCAGCAAUGACUGAAGAAAGGUUUCUUCACGGAGCUUGUACAGUCGAUGAUGACACUCUAGUGGUGAUGGGAGGAUUAACUUAUGUCAGCAGUCGGGACACAUUUGAUAGUGUUUCUAUUUGUGAAUUAUUGAGAUUUGAGUGAAAUGAGUAAAACUGCUUUUUAUAUUGUCUUUGUGGCCGUAAUUGGUAGUCGUUUGUGUAUUUUAUAUUGCUCAGCAGUUGUGAGUUGUUUAAUUAGAUUUAAUAUCCAACACUGGCAUUGUUAUUCACACAUUGAA